AUGCGAGGAAGCCACUGCGCUCACCAGCGAGAAAAAUCCAGAAAGCCUCAACUCGAAAAUACCAAAGCCAAGAAAUUCAAUGGAAAAAAAAACUCCCUCUGUGCUAUGGAGAAAUAUCAACUUCUACAGGCACUGGGUUGGCGGGGGCCUCUUUGUUAUAUAUUCCUCGCUUAUGUAAGAAGCCCGUAUACAGGGUCGCUUCCUCAAUGCCGUGUGACAUUACCCAAAAGGACAUGGAACUGGCCGUUUCCAAUACGCAGGUGCAGAUCUUCCCAGAAGAAUAUGCAGUUACGGGGCAGGCGGCUGUCGUGCGCGCACCAAAAGGGUAUUCUGCGCAUAUGCAGUAUAAUGUCCCCGCUCCCAGUUUGUGGUCGUGCGCCAAUCACGACAACCGCGAAGCCUGGAACCUGUACUCUGUGUGCAGUACGGCAAUUGAUUGCGAAAUCGUUGCUUGGCUUACCGCAACAGCAGUAUAGCGAGUUUUUUACAUUAGCUCUACUAAUCUAA